AUGACUUACAAAGCCACCAUUCUUGCUAUCUUCAUGAUUAUCCUUGUUCUAGGGAUUGGAACGAAGGAGACGCGAGGACAAGAAACGUGCCAUGAUCUUAUAAUGAAAAGAGAUUGUGACGAAGCUACGUGUGUCAAUAUGUGUCAGCAAAAAUGGAAGGGAAGUGGUGGCUCGUGCUUUCAAAACUUUAAUGUAAUGAGUUGCAUUUGCAAUUUUCCAUGCCAAGUUUAA